CCAUUUCACAUCCACUCCCAAUUUGCUGGCCACUCAAUCCCAUCUCUCUCUCUCUCUCUCUCUCUCUCUCUCUAGAUCUUCAUCUUUUUGGGCUUCGGCUAAAUCUAAACCCCCCCAAAAAAUUUGAAGGAAAAGCCUCCGAAUUCCGAAACAGCAACGGAGACGAUGGGGGGAGAGAGAGAUUUGAAAAAGCAGAGAGGAAACAGAGAGCUGUGAGGCGGAGGAGAGAGAAAGCCAAGAGCGAGACAGAGAGGAGGAAUCGAUUCGCUCUAGAAGUAACGGCAAAAAACAGAGACGGGAGGAGGGCAUCCUCCAUUUUUGUCUCUCUCUUUCAGAUCUGACGAGACCCUCUAGCCCCCCUGCGCUUCCCUCGUCCCCCCUCGCAUUCUGGGUUCUCUCGUUUCGUCCUUCUUUCGCAUUCGCUGAGCUUGGUCGAGAUCGAGCGGAACAAUGUCUCCUUAUGAUACCUUCUGUUGAGGAUUAGCUUCAUUGGCCCCGAUAAAUUAUUGUACUCGUGUGACGUAUACUGUCAUCAUGGUUGCUACAGCUGCAACUUCUGCUUUCUUCACAGUUCCUUCGCCAGAUUCCAUUGCCAACACCACCAGACUGGGGAAUGGGGCGGCAAGUGUGGGGCCAAUGAAGUCGAAAUCUGCUUCCGAGGGUUUGCAGGUGAAGGCCAAUGCACAAGCCCCUCCCAAGAUAAAUGGUAGCUCCGUCGGUUUGAGAAAAUUUCCCGACAUUGUGAAGACCGAGGAUGAGACACCAACACCUCCCCCAAGGACCAUUAUUAACCAGUUGCCUGACUGGAGCAUGCUUCUCGCCGCUAUCACAACCAUCUUCUUGGCAGCAGAAAAGCAAUGGACGAUGCUUGAUUGGAAACCAAGACGACCAGAUAUGCUAACGGAUCCAUUUGGUCUAGGGAGAAUAGUUCAAGAUGGUCUUGUGUUCAGGCAGAAUUUUUCUAUCAGAUCUUAUGAGAUAGGUGCUGAUAGGACGGCAUCUAUAGAGACUCUAAUGAAUCACUUACAGGAGACAGCUCUUAACCAUGUUAAGACCGCUGGACUUCUUGUUGAUGGCUUUGGUUCUACCCCAGAGAUGAGUAAAAGAAACCUGAUCUGGGUUGUUACUAAAAUGCAGAUUUUGGUAGAUCGAUAUCCCAGCUGGGGAGAUGUCGUUCAAGUAGAUACAUGGGUUUGUGGGUCUGGAAAGAAUGGCAUGCGGCGAGAUUGGCAUGUUCGUGAUGUGAAAACGGGAGAGACUCUUACAAGAGCCUCCAGUGUGUGGGUGAUGAUGAAUAAACAUACAAGGAGAUUAUCAAAAAUUCCAGAAGAAGUCCGGAGAGAAAUAGAACCUCAUUUUCUGGGCUCUCCUCCUGUGGUAGCUGAGGACAGUAGGAAGUUACCAAAGCUGGAUGAGUGCAUUGCAGAUUUCGUCCGAUCAGGUUUAACUCCUCGGUGGAAUGAUUUAGAUGUCAACCAGCAUGUCAACAAUGUGAAGUACAUAGGCUGGAUUCUUGAGAGUGCUCCACUGCCCAUUUUGGAGACUCAUGAGCUCUCUGCCAUAACCUUGGAGUACCGGAGGGAAUGUGGGAGGGACAGCGUGCUGCAGUCCCUGACUACUCUUUCUGGCAAUGGGAUCGAUGACCAUGAAAACUCUGCUGAAGUCGAAUGCCAGCACUUGCUUCGGCUCGAAACUGGGGCUGAAAUUGUGAGGGCCAGGACUGACUGGAGGCCAAAACCUGCCAAUAACCCAGAAAUGGCGGGUGAAGUAUCAGCAGAAAGCGCUUGAUGUCUGCUUUCAGGUCUCUCCUGAGCUAGCCAGUAGUUCGCUGCCUAUAUUGCCCCGUGUAGAAAAUCUUGCUCGUGCUCAUGCCCACGUCUUCAGAUCUAUUUCUUUCUUCUUUACAUAUAUAUAUGCCCUGAUUUGUCUUCUGGAGGGAAGAAAAGAUUGGACAAUACUGUAAUCCCAACUGUAAUUAGCUUUGCUCGCCUCCAUAUGUUUAUUCUACUCUCUCAACCUUCAUGCAA